UUAAAACGCCUCUUCUCUGAGAAUUUGAAGAUGAGCUCUCAUGUCUGAGAAAGUGUUACGUAGCGGAUUACGUAGUUCCUCCUCUCCAUUGCGUCUCUACUGGCGGUCAUCUUCUCUGGCGGUGUCACGCAGAUAAAGGUCUUCCCCAGCCCUAGGAAACGGCUACCGAGACACCUUGAGCAACGAUUCGUUAACUUUCGCCUUCAUAUUGUGCUUGGAGGGAGGUCUGCCGAACGCUUUUAGGAUUUUAUUCCCCUGCUGGCAUUCUGCCUCUCGCAUAUACGUCCUCCCAUCGCACCGCAGAGGCAGAGAGCGAGCAAGCUACUCCAUGAUGUCAUCAUAUUAUCAUACGGGGAAGGAAACGGACAUGGCGACAAUGGCGGAACCGCUAUGUCUAGAGCGAGAUAUCUGCCGGGUGAUUGAGCUGUUGGACAGGCUGCAGAGGAGUGGGGAGCUGCCUCCACCCAAACUGCAAGCCCUUCAGCGGGUUCUCCAGAGCAAGUUCUGUGCUGCAAUCAGAGAGGUAUAUGAGCAGCUCUACGACACUUUAGACAUUGUAGGAGGGCCUGAAGUGCGGGCCCAGGCCACAGCCAAAGCCACUGUAGCGGCAUUUGCGGCCAGCGAAGGCCAUGCCCAUCCUCGAGUGGUGGAGCUGCCAAAGACGGACGAGGGGCUGGGCUUCAACAUCAUGGGGGGCAAGGAGCAAAACUCCCCUAUCUACAUCUCCCGGGUGAUCCCUGGGGGGGUUGCAGACCGGCAGGGAGGACUGAAGCGGGGUGACCAGCUCCUGUCAGUGAAUGGCGUGAGUGUUGAGGGGGAGCACCAUGAGAAAGCAGUGGAGCUCCUGAAGGCAGCACAGGGUUCAGUGAAGCUGGUGGUCAGAUACACCCCAAAGGUCCUGGAGGAGAUGGAGGCCCGCUUCGAGAAGCUGAGGAGUGCAAGGAGACGUCAGCAACACACCAGUUAUUCGUCUUUGGAGUCCCGUGGUUAGCCGCUCUCCUCCUUACUCGGUUCCAAAGAGCUGCUCCGACUUCAGUCCGCCAGGAGGGCAUGUGGGUGUCAUGUGAGAGGAGGUCAGCGUGGGGUUGACCUAGCUGUGUUGUCUGUAUGUUGCUCUAGUGUCUCCAUCUAAAAAGUAAGCCUUUAUUAUACGCAUAGUUGUGUGUUGGAGCAUAUCUCCCUGUCAGAGGACCCUUUUUUCUAAUUUUCUAUGUGAAUACAGUACCUAGAGUAUGGUGUUAGUGCUGAUCUGAGAGAAGAGCUGACUUGCUGUAGCUUCUGAACCUGUAUAUACAGUAUCAGUACAUAGUGCAUACCUCCUGGCAGACUAGUGCAUGCAGCUAUGUAGUACACUUCCCAGACCAACUGGAAAGAUAGAUCUUAUCUUUCCUCAAUUCCUCAUAGACUACGGGUGUCAGAGUGUACUCCCUGAGACACAUCUGCCCUUUCAACAGUACUAAUGGCCGAGCUUCAUUUCCACAUUACUCGUUUUUUUUGCACUGCAUACUACACAUGAUCAAUCAUGUCCAGCAACUGUGAGGUUCUUGUUCCGGCUGGAACUUGAUUGGAUUCAUGUCCUGCGUGUCUUAUUCCCGUCGGUCUGGCCUAUGCCGGUCAAGCAGUAGAGAGACCACUAGAUGGUGGUCUGUCAAAGUUAGGAGUGGGGGUAGGAAGGUCACAGCUGCCCCUGUCUACAGAGUGUUUGUCACACACACACACACACACACACACACACACACACACACACACACACACACACACACACACACACACACACACACACACACUGUGCCCUCACCUAGACUGUCUUUAUGUUGUAUGUAUGUAUGUAUACUUAUUAAUUCGUAACAAUAAAGCAAAGUUCUUUAGUUCA